AGAUCUUUAGGUUGAAGAAACAAUGUUAACUGGGCAGUCUCAAGGCCUCGUUGCAUUGUGUCAGCAGAGUACAGAAAAGAAGGGAGAGCAAGCAUGCUUCUUCCUCUGUAUCAUGCCUGGGCUUGCCUUUGCUUCUGCGCCGCCCUCGUUCUUGGCGGCUACGUGCUUGUGAUGAUGUAUGGGUCGGUGGGACGGUCCGGCGGCGGAGAGAUUAUGAGGAGUUCGAGGUUGAUGUCCCUCCCGGAAGUCUAGGACUGCCUCUGAUUGGAGAGACACUUCAGUUUAUGGCUGCCAUCAAAAGUGGCAGAGGAUUUUAUGACUUUGUUGAGAGCCGUCGCCUCCGGUGUGGAAGAUGCUUCAAGACGAACAUCUUUGGAGAGACCCAUGUUUUCGUCUCGACUGCCACAUCGGCCAAGAUGAUCCUAAAUAAUGAUUCGGGGAAAUUCACCAAGAGAUACAUAAGGUCAAUAGCACAGUUAGUGGGCAAUCAAAGCCUACUGUGCGCAUCCCAUCAACAGCACAGGCAUGUCCGCGGACAUCUGAACAACUUUUUCUCCACAUGCUCACUAUCAGCGUUCAUCCAACAAUUUGAUGUACUGAUCGUGAAGUCUCUAGAUGACUGGGAACACAGAGGAACCGUGGUCGUUCUCAAUGAAGCACUCAAGAUCACUUUCAAAAUAAUGUGCAGGAUGUUGCUGAGUCUAGAGAGCGGACGCCAGCUUGAAAUGUUGCAGGAGGACGUCAGUAUAGUUUGCAAAGCUAUGCUCGCGUUCCCGCUAAGGUUACCCAGGACUAGAUUCCAAAGAGGCAUUGAGGCCAGAGAGCGAAUUAUGAGUGCAUUGGAGACUUUGAUUACUCAAAGAAGACUCGCAAGAACUUCUCACGAGGAUUGCCUGAAUUACCUGCUCUCAAAUGACGAUGAAACAGAGUGCAAGAAAGAUCCAAAGCUAACCACUGGAGAGAUAAAAGAUAACAUCUUGACAAUGAUAAUUGCAGGUCAUGAUACGACAGCAAGUGCUAUAACUUGGAUGGUGAAGUUCUUGGGUGAGAACGAAACAGUUUUAGACAAACUAAGAGCUGAACAAGUAUGCUUCGCAAAGAAAAUGUCAGGAAGGCCAUUUCUGAAACUAGAAGACAUUGGCGAGAUGUCGUAUGCUUCCAAGGUCGUCAAGGAAUCCUUGAGGAUGGCAUCUGUGGUGCCGUGGUUUCCAAGGCUGGUGCUUCAGGACUGCAAUAUCGAAGGAUAUAAAAUCAAGAGAGGAUGGAAUGUCAAUGUCAAUGCGAAAUCUGUACAUUUUGAUCCUGCGGUUCAUGACAACCCCUUUGAGUUCAAUCCCUCCAGAUUCGAUGAUGAGUCGAAAUUACCAUACAGCUUCUUAGGUUUCGGCGCUGGGGGAAGGACUUGUCUGGGAAUGAAUAUGGCUAAGGCCAUGAUGCUGGUCUUCCUCCACCGGCUUGUCACCACCUACAAGUGGAGGGUCCUUGACCCCGACUCAACUCUAGAGAAGUGGGCGCUCUUUUCGCGAUUGAAAAACGGCUGUCCUGUGCUCGUGACGCGCCUCGCAGAGGAAACAACCGACGCCUUAGCAGAUUGAAGAGCCCUCAGUCAAGCAGAUCAGUGUUAUCAGUAUUGGAGAAAGCUCCUUUUCCUAGUUUGAUGUUUGGUUUGAAUGCCAAUUAAUAGUUUAAGCUCAGCAUUUUGGUGGGAUGUCAGUACUGCUAGUUCAUGUAAAUGGUGCAUAAACAAUGAAGCAAUCUAUUUGUCAUCAGUUUA